AUGGUUGCUGGUGGCCGCGAAAACGCGGUCGGCAUUGGCGGUCUUACAACGGAUGGCGGCAAAACAUUCUACACCUGUCGAGUCGGAUUCGCAUGUGACCAGGUCGUCAACUACGAAGUCGUCCUUGCCGACGGUAGCAUCGUGCAGGCGAACGAUCAGGAGCACUCUGACCUCUUCAGAGUCCUCAAAGGCGGCGGCAACAACUUUGGGAUCGUAACUGGCUUCGACAUGGUGAGGUUCCCCUCAAAGGACAUCUGGGAUGCGGAGCUUGUACAUGCCAAAGAGUCGGCCCCAGAAGUCGUUCACGCGCUGACCGACUUUGUUGGCAACCUCGAGGCUCACCCGGAUGCUCAUGUCCUGGCAAUGUGGAUGUACCUGCCAAAGGCCGAUGACCACUUCAUCGAGAACCUAUUGAUGAGCCUGGACGGCGAGCAGGAGGCCAAAUCCUUGAGUAAGUUUUUGGCUAUACCUGGGCAGGUCAAGUCCAAGACGACCACGAUUGCGACCAAGAUGGAUACAUUCGCGUUGCCAAAAGCUAGAGAGCAUACUUGGUUCACCACAACCUUCAAGAACGACCCGCGAAUCAGUCAAAAGGCGGCUGACGUCUUUGAGAGCCUCGUCAAGAUGAUGAAGGGCCAAGUCCCAGACCACGACUUCGCUUUCCAGAUGGUUCUGCAGCCGCUUCCCGUAUCAUUCGGCAAACACUCGGCGGUUCGUGGGGGCAACAUGUUCGGACUCGAGCACAUCAAGGAUGACUGCGUGCUGCUGGUAUGGACUGUGGAAGUGCCAACGCCGGAAAUGCGGACGACUGUCGCGUUCCCGGCCCUCAAGGGAGCCAUUGACGAAAUCGAGGCUUACGCCAAGUCACUCAACGGCGAUGUCAAGUUCCGCUACCUGAACUACUGCGACGCCUCGCAAGACCCGCUGGGCAGUUACGGCGAAGAGAACGUCCGCAAGAUGCGCGAGGCUGCAGAAAAGUACGAUCCAGCGGGGUUUUCCAAAGAAGAGUGCCCGGUGGCUUCAAGAUCUCAAAGGCGAACGUGGCAUGAGGCCCAGAUGAUGGCUGCUGUAACUCUGAGACCUAUCGUCGCGUCGAUGCUGUCGGCCUGCAUGCGAUGA